CUGACAGGAAUAGGACUGUUUCUAGACAAGUUUGGGCCUUUGGCGUUAAUUGUGAAGCAUUUAUAAAUGAUCUAAAUUACCGAGUACUCUAUUGUUGCAUUAAUAAAUAAAUUAAAAUUAGUUUUCGAUCGUAAAUAAUUGAGACGCCAUCUAGUGUGCAAAAGUCAACUUUGACUCGUCCAUGUUUACAUACAUAUGCUUUUUUGUCGAUAAAACAAUAUUCAGUGCUGGAAGAUCUUGUAUAUUAAAUGUAUAUAUAUAAAUUAGUUGUUUAACAAGUAUUAUAAGUAUGAACUCUGCUAAAGAUGACGAAGAUUUCUGGUACAGCAGCGAGAAACGAUCCUUCUGUUUUGAAAACAAUGAGGUGGACCAGUUGUUCGGAGUGUCAAAGACUGACACGGAUAAGUUAUGGGCUGGUAUUUCUAAUACCUCAACACCCGAGGGAUCUUUAAAAAGUACCGAUGAUUAUCAACCAUUGAAACCUAUGCUGUCUGUUAUAUCAGAAAAAACACUUUCUAGCAUUUUGGCGACGGAUAAAUUACAGAAUCUUCAAUCUGAAGCAGCAAGUAUACAACCAGAUAUAACUCUCUCGAAAAUUUUACUAGGACAACCAUAUUCUUUGGAACAAUAUAAAUCCUUGGUCUCUAAAACAACCUUAUUGGAUGCUGCUAUAAUAAGCGGAGAUGGAAAUGCAAUUUUAAUAAUUAUCUUAUUUCUUAUAAAAACUCUCAAAAGAUCCUUGGUCCAAAGAAUAUUAGCGGAAAGACCAGAUGCUGUAAAUGUGUAUGUACGAUACCUUUCCACAAGAUUACAAAUGAAUGAAAUUACCAAUAUUUUAACAAUGCUAGGGCAACCAUUGGAUGCUGCUAUGAAAACUUUACAUAUUAUUAUAAAAAAUACUCGAGAUCCUGAUAAACUAUUGUACAAACUUCGAAAUAUUUAUAAAACACAAUUUUCAUCCCUAACCGACUGCAAAGAAGCUUCGUUUGUUCAGUCGUACAUAAAGCUACUCGAGUGGCAAAUGGCGGUGAAGAAAAUAGAUGGCAACGACGAAAUAGAAUUAGAUUCUUCUGUUCUCGAGUGCCUGAGACACGCGUGUAAAGGUCAUUGGAAUUUACAAGAGGGUAGUUUAAUGUCUCCUACGAUAUUAUCUCAUCAACACGAUAUAUCUCCUAGACAAUAUCAGAAAAUCGCGUUAGAAGUUCGAGCAUCGGCUGGUGAAUGGGACGAUGUUGAUCGAUUGUUGCUAACAAAGGGCUGGCUAGGAAGUAAAAAGUUGCAAAUUCAUUUGCCUAUAGAAGAUGUAUUGAAAAUAUUGCACAAAAAUAAUGCGUCUUUCAAUAUUCUGGAGAAAUAUAUAAAAUAUAUCGAUAAUUUAGAAAGACGAUUAGAAUUGGCAAAGACCAUGCAUUGCUUUAGAAUAGCAAUCGACAUUCUCGUACAGCAAGGAGAUCGUGCCGCGUUAAUGGAAUAUAAAACCAAAUUGCAACAACAAUCGGAGGAAUAUUUCUACGCGGAGAGUGCAUUGCGUUUGCCAUCGGUUAAAUGGAAAAAUUAGUAUUAAUUUUAUCAAUUGUAUUAAAUUUAAGUAUUUAUUACGUGAAAUAAUAACAAUACAUUUUCA